ACUCUCUGCUGUGUCACCGCAUCACUCCAGUGGCUGCCUGGUCUGGUUUGCUGUAGUGGGCAGUGAUAGUAGCAGCAGCAGUGGUAGCAGGGCCCUCCCUCUGUCUCACUGCACAUAAAUACUCGCAGCCUGCCUAUUCCCAGGCAUGGAUGACGGUUGCACUCAGACAUGGCACUGCGACAUUAUACUCUCGACUUCAAGCUCUCUACAGCAGUUGACUCUGCUUCGACAGUUCCUGAUCUACUGUCCAUAUUUCAUGAGCAGGAAAUGACAGAGACUGUCCAUGAAACAAAUGGGCAUGGAUACCUUGGUACUUUUGUAGGCAAGAAUGGCCGGCUUGCUAUUUUGCGUGUGCACUCCCGUGGGUUGGUCACCAUUGAUCUGCAAUGUUAUGAAGAGGAUAACAUUGCACAAGUAGACAAUCUUUUAAAUGCACUGGAAACAAAGCUAAAGAUUAUCUUAAAUGGCAAUAUUACAAGGAUUAAAAGGCUUCCAGCCCUCGUACGAGGUGCAGAAGUUGACCGAUACUGGCCCACAACUGACGACAGAAUGGUUGAGUACGACAUGGACCAGUUGGUGUAUGAAGAAGAUUCUGAAUACCAAAACAUAAAGAUAUUGCACUCACACCAGUAUGGAAAUGUUCUAGUACUCGAUGAUGACUUAAAUCUGGCAGAGAGUGAUUUGCCCUACACCCAGGCCAUCAUGGGUAACGGAAGAGAGAAUUAUGCUGGAAAAGAGGUGCUGAUAUUAGGAGGAGGUGAUGGAGGCAUCCUUUUUGAGAUGGUCAAACAAAAGCCAAAGAUGAUCACCAUGUUGGAUAUUGACCAGAAGGUGAUAGACGCAUGCAAAAAGUACAUGAGAGGAACUUGUGGCGAUAUCCUCGACAACCUGAAGGGAGACUGUUACCAAAUACUAGUUGAGGACUGUGUCCCUGUGCUGAGGAAGUAUGUCCAGGAAGAAAAGACGUUUGAUUACAUCAUUAAUGACCUGACUGCAAUCCCAAUAUCCACGGAACCAGAAGAAGACUCUACAUGGGAGUUCCUGCGUCUCAUCUUAGAUCUGUCAUUGAAAGUCCUGCGACCCUCGGGGAAAUAUAUAACACAGGGUAACUCUGAGAACAUGACAGAGGCACUGCAUCUGUACGAGGAACAGCUGAGAAAGCUCUCGUGUCCCGUGGAGUUCUCCAAAGAGGUGACGUGUGUGCCCUCCUACUUGGAGCAAUGGGUUUUCUACUCCGUUUGGAAGAAGUAAAGACCUCCAGAUUUCUCUGCUUGAAUCCCCAGCAGCUGGAAUGUGAAUGCACCUCCCAUUUCUGCUGUAGCCUUAAAGGUGUGUUCAGACUGAACGUGACAUGAAAAUUAGAGGCAAGACAAAGUUUCGAUAAAUGCAUUAUUAUGUGGGCUUCAAAAUUUAAAAAAGUCGAUCUGGAGAAAUAUAACAAAACUAGUUCCACACACUCGUGGCAGUCUAUGCCCAGUGAGAUACAGCUGACUUGCUACGGCUAAUAUCUGUACAGCAGUUUCCUGUUUUUAGUUAAUAAGCAUGAAGUGCAAAACACUCCAGCAGUCAAGUUAGUGUGAAUAAAUCAAGAUGAAAAUUGACUUUACAUUCAGUCUGAGCACAUCUUAAGGGGUACAAUGGUGGUUUUUAUUUUCCCACCUCUAUUAACCCCAUUCUACCCUAAUCUUCCUUCUCUUUCUUCCUGUUUUAGUUGUGUUUUUCCAUCGUUUGCUACAACUUCUCAGUUGUAUUUCGUUUGCGUUACUUGAUUUGGAAUGUCCAUUUGCAUGUACUCUGGAGGAACUGUUAGAUGUUUAACAGUGAUUUGAUACACUGAUAAUGUGGUGUAACUCACCUUACAACAGGCGUGUGUUCUCUUGUUUUCCUUAGUUUUUUUUUUUUUUAAGGUUCUUUACUCUUGAGUUAUGAGCUCAUGCCAGCUGAUAGGCCAAUGUGUAGGCUCAGCACAGCUGAACUGAGUUGCUUUUAAGGUCUGUUUUUGUUACUGCCUCUUAAAUGUGAUUUGAUUCUUUCAGAUUGUAUCAACGCAAUGUGAUCAUGCCCAGUGAGACUGACGUGUUUAAGUCCAAAUGUGUUUUAAAAGGGAAACAACUCCACCACUUUUAUGCCACGUCUGUGCUAGUGCUGUUUUUAUGUCAUGUUUUAUUAGCACCUUUUGGUUUCUCCAAUAUAUUUGAAGUUUUUUAAGACUGUAUUGGGUGCAUGUAAAGGACGGUGAAUGUAGCUUGCAUACACAAUACACAGCACGUUUACGCGUGAUCAACCCUGUGGGACUUUUACAUUUACAGUUAUAUUUAUUUAUUCAAUAUAAUUUCACCAAAUGCUGUUCUGUCCCACUUGAGAUACUUUCUGUGACCUCUACAAUUAAAAUGUUUUUUGGGGAAAAUG